GCUCGGCUCGGGUGGCAAUCCGAUGGAUGUUUCAAGAGGCGCUUGCAGCACACAAAAGAAUUCUUUUUCAAUUUGGCUGUGAAACAACGAGCAACGAGUGCCUCGAUAAGAAAUAUACAUACUUACAUAUAAACGUAUAUAUGUAUGCAUAAUAAACAUAAGUAAAAAACCAACAGACGCUGCUGCUUCUUAUAAAUGUAACUGCAAUUGCAACAGCAAGUUAGCAAUUAGCAAAAUUGAUCAACACUAAGAAGCGGAACUAAAAUCGAUUCGCUAUCAAAAACCAAUCGAAUUCGUGCGAACCACUUGACGAACGCACGCAGGAAACGGCAGGAGAAAUAGGAAAAAAGCAGGGAGAAAAGUCAAAGGAGAAACAAUCAGACGAUAAAGCAAGCAACGAGCGAACAAACAAAUCUUGCAAGUGCCUUGAGUGAGUAAACGACAACAAAAAGAAAGUUCCUUAAGCAAGUGAUAAAGCUCCAAAAGAAAGACAACAACAAAAGCAUCUUCAUUACAUAUAUAUAUAUACAUACAGCUAUAUCUAUAUACCUAGAGAGAGAGAUUUCCGAGAAAUAUUUUCAACAAGGAUCAACAGCUUUCUGACAUGCAAAAAUGAUUUUCUCAGUGUCUAACUCAAGUGUCCUCUCCCUGCUCGCCAUGCUAGUGUGUCUGGCAGUCGGUCUGUCCCUGGUGUGCAGCACGCCGAUCGCAUUCACGCCAGAGCAGCUGGAGAUCAAGCAUCGCUGCAGCAAAGAUCUGGACGAGACCAUCCAUCAAAUCUGUAAGGGACGCACCAUGUCGCUAGCCGAGCUCUAUCCUCAAAGCUUUGGCAGUCGGACCAAGCGAUUCGCUGCCAACGGCACCUACUACAGACCCUUGCAGAAUGGACCCAUCCACGAAUGCUGUGUGCGACCCUGCGGCUAUUCCGAGAUACGUCAAUAUUGUGCGCCCGACUAGGGCACGAGAGACAUGCACUCUCUAUCUAACUAUAUAAAUAUAUAUAUAUAUAUUAGGCAAUGCCCACACACACACACAUUUAAUUUGAAUAGACACACACACACACACACACACACACCCAUACACUAAGUAUAUUGUACUAAUUUAAGCUAUGCACUAAUAAAAAUUUAU